AGCCAGACCGAGUCUAAAACUGCUUGUUUCAAACACUUUGACUUUUCUCUGUACGGAGAGGAACUACUCGGGACACUUCUGGGCUUUAUGUGGGAUAUUUGGGGGUCCCUUUUUUUUCUCCUUACACUGGGGAUGAUUCCGUGUCUUUUCUAGGUCUGGUACUAACCCCUCUCUCCAAUCUGUGACAUCUCUAUUCCAAUAGGACGCGCGUUACUAAGGCAGCCGUUGAGUGAACAUGCUUUAAGUCUGCAUCCAAAAGUGGGGACUUGAGUUUGAUCAGCAGUGGGACCAUGCAAAGGCAGCACAGAGGGGGAACAAACCUGAGGCUGCUGCUUCUUUGCCUUUACAUCGCCAUCAUCGCCUCUGGAGCGCAAGCUGGUGGAAAGAAGCACAGUGGUCCAUGUGGGGGAAGAGACUGCAGCGGAGGUUGUAAAUGCUUUCCAGAAAAGGGUGCCAGGGGUCUCCCAGGGCCUCUUGGUCCUCAGGGCCCACAAGGACCCCUAGGGCGACCAGGGGAUCCUGGUAUUCAAGGACAAAAGGGGCAGAAAGGUGACCAAGGAAUUGGUGGCAUCAUAGGUCCAAAAGGCGGCAUGGGAAUGACUGGUGUUCCUGGGUUCUCUGGAAACGAUGGAAUUCCUGGACACCCAGGACAACCUGGAUCCAGAGGGAAGCCAGGAGCAGACGGCUGUAACGGGACCAAAGGAGAACCAGGGUUCUCAGGACUACCGGGUUAUUUGGGGCCCCCUGGAAAUCCUGGACUAUAUGGCAAGAAGGGAGAGAAGGGGGAUUCUCUGGAUGUCAACGUUUACAUGCUGCGCUUCAGGGGAGACCCAGGGACACCUGGAGAAAACGGAUGGCCGGGGCUUCAAGGAAGACCAGGGUCCUCAGGUAACAGAGGCCCUCAAGGACCCAAGGGUCCUCCGGGUCCUCCAGGGGUCCGUGGACCGAAGGGUACCAUGACCAAAGUGUUGAAGGGAAUCAAAGGAGAAGCAGGAGAGAUCGGACUACCAGGCCCACCAGGAAACUUCACUGAACAGUAUCGUCUGCCUCCCCCUGUACCACCUCAAUUCAGAGGGGACAAGGGAGAAAGUGGAGAUCUGGCAGACAACCAUGACAACAAAGGAGAAAGUGGUAUAACGGGAUUCCCUGGGCCCCGGGGUGAAAGUGGUGCAGAUGGGCCUCCUGGGCUGAGGGGUGAGCCUGGAGAUCCAGGGCUAAACGGAGUAGAUGGUCCUAAGGGAGUCAGAGGUGAUCCAGGAGAGUUGAUUACUUCAGGAGGUACUGCGCUUCCUGGUCUUCCUGGAUACCCUGGUGAGGAGGGGCCACAAGGAGAGAAGGGUCCAACUGGAGAUCCAGGCUACCCCGGACCUCCCGGACCCCCUGCCUCUAGCACACAGCAAGCUUUCGUUUCCUUUGGCCCUUUUGGUUUUAAGGGGGAACGAGGAGAUAAGGGUCUACCAGGAGACCCAGGAAGACCUGCUGUCUCUCCAGGAUCUCCUGGACCGGAUGGAAGGCCAGGGAGCAGAGGCCCUCCUGGAAUCAAAAGAUCAAUGAAAGAGUUUUUCAAAGGAGAUAAAGGAUUCAGGGGACAACCUGGCAAUGGAGGAUUCAAAGGAAUAAAAGGAGAUCAUGGAGAAUGCAAGUGCAGUGGUGAUAAUUUCCCCCGUGGUUUAGCUGGUCCUCCCGGUGAGCCUGGUGAUGCUGGGAUGACUGGGGAGUUUGGGUAUGAUGGGGAUAUAGGAGACCCAGGUCCCCGAGGAGCAGAUGGUUUACCUGGACCUGCUGGCAUUAAUGGUUUCCAGGGGCCCAAAGGUCGAAAAGGAGAAACAGGUGUUGCAAGACAAAAAGGAUAUCCAGGGGACCCAGGAGACCCAGGGAAUGAUGGAAUUCAAGGGAUACCCGGUGCUCCUGGCCCAAACGGCCUUAAUGGUUUCCCUGGUAACCGCGGCCUUCCAGGUGAAGGUCCUAUAGGAGAACGUGGAGACAAAGGGUUCCCUGGAUGGCCCGGUACGGCUGGUCCUUUAGGAGAGAUAGGAAAACCAGGUGAAAACUUUGCAGGUAUCAAAGGACUGCGUGGUCCUUCUGGAGAUGAAGGCCUCCCUGGCUAUGAUGGAAUUCCUGGUCCGCCUGGAAGUCCCGGCGGCUGUAUACCAGAUGGAGAUGGAGGACAGGUGGAUGUGACAGGUGCUUGUGAACCCAUCCCAGGUCCUCCUGGCCUGCCUGGACCUCGUGGAUUUAGUGGAAUAUCAGGUUCUCCAGGGGAUCGUGGCCCUAAAGGUGUAAAAGGUGCAAGUGGAGUGAAGGGAGAGAAAGGAGAACAAGGGGACCGGGGAACAAGCGGCUUUCCUGGACCACAAGGUUUUGUCGGUCCCCGAGGAGAACCUGGGAUUCCUGGCACCAGGGGUUCAGAAGGUACCCCUGGUAGCCCUGGUAUUCCUGGCCGAGACGGGUUUCAGGGUGAUAAGGGUGCCCAUGGAGAAAUAAUGGAUGCAUCACCUGGACCUCCAGGUGACCCAGGAAUACCUGGCUUGCAAGGAAAAAAAGGCCAAACAGGAGAACCGGGACCACCAGGUUUUGCAGGAAUAAAUGGAAUGCCUGGAAUGAUUGGCUUCAGGGGGCCCAAAGGUGCCCCAGGCCUGCCUGGGGAAGAGGGAAGACCUGGGCCAGCUGGCACAUAUGGCUACCCUGGUGAUCCUGGUCAGUCUGGUCCACCUGGUCCGACUGGCGCUAUUGGAGAGACAGGAAUAACCGGAGAGAGAGGUCCAGAUGGAGACCCAGGUCCUCCAGGUCCAAUAGGGUUAAAAGGAAUGCCAGGUGCUUAUGGAGAUGAUGGCACCGUUGGAGAGCAGGGCCCACAAGGUGACCCUGGACAACAAGGUGCAACUGGAAGACCGGGAAUUCAAGGAAAGAAAGGAGAGAAAGGUUCUCCUGGAACGUCUGGGUUUGGGGGUGUCGGUGGAAAUCCUGGUCUGAAGGGCUUUGAGGGGCAAAAAGGAGGGGCGGGGGUGCCUGGUGAGCCUGGCCUGAAAGGUCAGACGGGAAAAAAGGGAGAGAAAGGUGAGUCCGGUCUGACCGGUCCACGGGGGAUUAUGUCCCCCAAAAUGCUUGUUGACAUAAAGGGAGUCAAAGGAGAUCACGGGCAUCAAGGCGAUCCAGGUUUUACCGGGCCAAGAGGUGCCAAAGGUGUACAAGGUUGGCCAGGCCUUGAUGGAGCUCACGGUCUGCCAGGAGACCCCAGUACUGAAAAAGGUGUUUCUGGAGAUCCAGGUGCACAGGGCCUGCCAGGGGUAAAAGGAAUGCCAGGGUCACCUGGUAACCGAGGCAUUCAAGGCUUUGAUGGAAUGCAUGGUAACAAGGGAGGCAAAGGAAGCCCCGGUGCCUACGGUCAGUCGGGAUUGAAAGGAAGGAAGGGGGCCAAAGGCGAUAAAGGCAUUCGUAUAGACCUUCCAGGAUCUAAAGGACUGAGAGGAGAGGAUGGAUUUGAUGGAGAACCAGGUGUGAAAGGAAUACUGGGACCAAUUGGGGACAUUGGUAUAACUGGUUUUGAUGGUGUCCAAGGAGUAAAGGGACAAUCUGGAGAUCCGGGAAUAGUGGGUUACCAAGGGUUGGACGGGGACAGGGGAACUCCAGGAAACCAGGGUCAAAAGGGUUUUCCUGGUAUUCCAGGGAAAGAUGGUCUGCCAGGCGUUCCUGGCUUCUCUGGAAUUAAAGGUUACCCCGGCCUUAAGGGUCUUUUUGGAUUAGAUGGACUGAAAGGACAACAGGGUGUCAAAGGAACACCAGGUCUGACUGUUUAUGGACCCAUUGGAGAGACAGGAAUUAAAGGGAAUAAAGGAGAAAGUGGUUUACCCAAUAGCGAGCCAGGUGCUCCAGGUCCAGCUGGUUUGAAAGGCUACCAGGGGCCUCCGGGUGACUUUGGUCAACCUGGAGAACCAGGACUCCGUGGCCUUAAAGGACCAGAUGGGAGCCCAAACAUUCCUGGAAAAAGGGGGGAUCCUGGCCUUCCAGGAGGUCCUGGAUUGCAAGGUUAUCCAGGAGCAAGGGGACAGCCUGGUUUGGAUGCUUUUCCAGGAGAGAAAGGUUUACAAGGAGACUAUGGGUUCCCUGGUUCACCUGGUUGGAAAGGAUAUCAAGGAGAUCCAGGUCCAGCGGGCUACAAGGGGGCUGAUGGCGUCUUUGGGAAGAAAGGACCAAAAGGAGACCAAGGUUACAUGGGAUUUCCUGGACAGAUAGGUUUAAAAGGAGAGAGAGGACCAACUGGUCCAAAAGGAGACACUGGAAUUCCAGGUUAUCCUGGGGCAGCUGGCAACCGGGGUCCUGCUCCACCUUCCAUUCGAAUUCCAGGAGAAAGAGGUCCUCCGGGACCACGGGGUAUCCAAGGCCCGAAAGGAUCUACAGGGGAGCCAGGACCUCGAGGCCCACCUGGAGAUCCAGGGUUCAUGGGACCAAUUGGAGAUAAAGGUAUGCCUGGGAUUAGUGGCACUCCAGGAGUCCCGGGUUUCCGUGGAGACGUUGGAGAAGUUGGACACCAUGGUCUCCAAGGAACGGAAGGUCAAAGAGGCAGGCCAGGUAUCCCGGGGUUACCUGGGAUGGCUGGCCGCAGCAUCAGCGUGGGCUACUUGCUUGUGAAACACAGUCAGUCAGAGCAGACGCCGAUGUGUCCGGUGGGAAUGUCUAAACUCUGGGACGGUUACAGUCUGCUGUACCUGGAGGGUCAGGAGAAGGCCCACAACCAGGACCUGGGUUUGGCUGGUUCCUGCCUCCCACGGUUCAGCACCAUGCCCUUCCUCUACUGUAACCCUGGAGACCUUUGUUACUAUGCCAGUAGGAAUGAUAAGUCCUUCUGGUUGUCAACCACUGCUCCCCUUCCCAUGAUGCCUGUAGAGGAAGGAGAAAUUAAGCCAUACAUCAGCCGUUGCUCCGUUUGUGAGGCUCCAUCAGUCGCUAUUGCGGUUCAUAGCCAAGACAUCACCAUUCCACAGUGUCCCGUGGGCUGGAGGAGCCUGUGGAUUGGCUACUCUUUCCUCAUGCACACAGCAGCAGGAAACGAAGGCGGCGGCCAGUCCCUGUCGUCGCCUGGGUCCUGCCUGGAGGACUUCCGCACAACACCGUUUAUCGAGUGUAAUGGGGCCAAGGGCACAUGCCACUACUUCGCUAACAAACACAGCUUCUGGCUGACAUCUAUAGACCAGUCUUUCCACAGCCAGCCGUCCGCGGAGACAUUAAAAGCAGGCCAGCUCCUUUCACGCAUCAGCCGCUGCCAGGUCUGCAUGAAGAACCUGUGAGGAACUUUGCUUCAGUCUCCACAGAGAGGCCCAAAGUUCUCACCCGACAACAACUUUCAUCCAAACCACAGUGCUCAGAUAUGCAAUGACUGUGCAGUUCCUCGAGCUUAAAUGUGCACUACAAAUUCAGCAAAAAAAAAAAAAGCCAUAAAAAAGAACAACUUCAUCAUGGAACAACUGUAUUUUUAUUUGUUAUUUUGUGUGUUAAAUUUGGUGCUUACUUUUUUAACUUAUUACCUCAGUUAUAAUGACACAAUGUUAACCACCUAAGGCCACAAAGUACAGCUGAACCAAAGAUGCUUCUUUUAAACUAUAUCGUUUUUUAGUUUGGAUCCUGUAGACCUGCUAUAAAGCCACUAACGCUGCAUCCCUGCCAGCUGAGGGUGACAAAGAGGUAUUCUUACAUUUCCGCCAUCAUUUAAACUGCUUGUAAAAAGCCUAUUUUUUCUAAAAGUAUACAAAGCUGUGCUCUUUUCUAUGCAUGUAACAACUACUGUUAGUUCAUCUGUUUUUCAUAUGUUCACACAAUGCACUGAUUCUCUUAAGACAUUAAAAUAAAAGAAACAUGACCCCUCUGUGGUUGUUUAAAUCUGUUUCACGUCACUCACAUUUUGCUUUAAGAAAAACUGAACAAUUUUAAGAUGGGACACAGCUUUGAGCCAUAUAGGAUGUGAUAAUUAUUCAGUUAUAGUUAGAAAAUUUUAAAACUGAAUGCAUUUCAGUUCUCUGAUUUUUGUGUUUUUUUUUGGCUAGUAGUAUCUAUUCAAAAUAAAAUGCAGUG